AUGAUACCCAUUUCAAUUAAGGUAUCUCUGGAUUUCAUGAAGAGCUUGUAUGCAAAGUUUAUUGACUGGGACCAUAUAAUGAUUGACCUAGAGACUAGUAUUCCAUCUCAUGCAACAAAUACAGCGAUAAGCGAGGACCUUGGACAAAUAGAGUACAUUUUGACAGACAAAACAGGCACCUUGACUGAAAAUAAGAUGAUAUUCAGAAGAUGUUGUAUUAAUGGAAUUUUCUAUGGAAAUGAGAGUGGAGAUGCAUUGAAAGAUGUAAAGCUCCUUAAUGCUGUUUCCAGUGGUUCUCCUGAUGCUGCACAGUCUCAGGAUGAAGAUGCUCUUGAUCAAGCUGCUGCUCAGCCGCAUAUGAUUUUCGUCAAUAAAAGUGGAAACAUUUUUGAAGCCAAGUUCAACACUACUAUACUUCAGUAUGAAGUCCUGGAGAUCUUAGAGUUCACUUCUGAUAGGAAAAGAAUGUCAGUAGUGUUGAAAGAUUGCCAAGAUGGAAAGAUCCUUCUCCUGUCAAAGGGAGCAGAUGAGGCUAUUCUUCCAUAUGCUCGUGCUGGGCAGCAAACUCGUCACUUCAUUAAAGCUGUGGAACAAUAUGCUCACUUGGGAUUACGUACACUAUGUUUGGUUUGGCGCGAGUUAAAGAAAGAUGAAUAUCAAGAUUGGUCUUCGAUGUUUAAAGAAGCUAGUAGCACUUUGGUUGAUAGGGAGUGGAGAGUAGCUGAGGUCUGCCAAAGAAUAGAACAUGACUUGGAAAUCCUUGGUGUUACGGCGAUAGAAGAUCGCUUACAGGAUGAAGUUCCUGAAACAAUAGAAACACUAAGGAAAGCUGGAAUAAAUUUUUGGAUGCUAACAAGAGACAAACAAAAUACUGCAAUAACAAAACCCCAAUACCGAUUCUCGAUCUCCUCACUCUACUUAGGACUUGGAAGAAACAGCCGCAACAAACCCGACGACUCACUCCGCGAACCACCGAACAAAGCGCAAAAACGCGUGCAUGCUAUUAACAGAGAGCUUCCACCGCCAAAUGAGCAAUUCAUUUUAGAUUUUGAGCAACUUCAGAGCCAGUUUCCGGACCAUGAGCAAUUACGUUUCGUGGUUGAAGCUGUUCUUAUACCAUUGGUUGCACAGUGUAGUGUUUCUUCGGCAGAAUUACCGGUUGAUCAAAUCAGUCAAGCAGUGUCAACAAUUACCUCUUCUAGCUUAUCACAGUCAGGAAUGUUGCCUCCUCUAAAUACAAUUACUAAUUCUUCUAAUUUUCAGUCUUCAAAUCCUGCAUCUCCAUUGAAUUCUAUCCAUACUAUUGGCUCCCCUGCAUAG